GGGUCAAAGGUCGUUUCCAAGAGAUACAAAACCCAAGAUGGCGACGCCCAUUGAUCAGUUUUCGACCGACCGCAUCGUGGCAGAAAAGAUUGAUUGAUUUUUGUGCUUGAGGAUUUUUCUGUCCAGGAAAGAGGCAAGAUGGCGAUGGAAAAACAGGCAGUGAUCAAAGAGACCCACCAUCGGUCCGUAACGGCCAUUGGAUACCACCCAAUGAGACGUGAAAUUUUGGCAGGUUUUGAAGAUGGUGUGAUCAAAACUUGGGAAGCCGAAGGUUCCAAAUUGGUGCUGACGACCUACGAACAUCAAGGCUGGGUGACCGACUUUUUGUAUUGGCAUGAUGGAAAGGUGAUGUUCUCGUCGUCCAAUGAUGGAAUGAUCAUAGCCUGGGCUUCAGGAGGUGGAGUCUAUGAAAGAAUUAAGAUUGGUUCCCCCAUCUAUUGCAUGGCAGUGAAUCAGCGCCGACACCAGCUGGUGUGCGGACUUAACGGCUGCAUUAGAGUCUACAGUCUCGAUGAAAAACGAGAGAAGAGUGGCGUAGUGCAGCUGGAGAAUCCUUACAUCUCCAAGGAGCACACCGACAUCGUCAAGUGCAUAGUGUGUCUAGAGUCACGGGUAUACUCAGCGGGCUUUGAUUCCAAGUUGAUCAUCUAUGACUCCUCAUCGUAUCCUGGCAACAAAGGCCUGACUCCUGUCUUCUGUAAUCCCAAGGCCCAUGACGCUGGUAUCUCCUGCCUCGUGCUGAUCAAAGACACGGAGAAUAACACCUGGCUAGUGACCGGGUCAUUUGACAAGGUGGUCAAGAUCUGGUCUCAGGACGGCAAACUGACCCACCGACUGGACGGCUUUCUGUCCACCGUGACAGACCUCUGCUAUGUGCCCAAGAACAAGACCCUCUGGGUGGCUAGUGGUCUACCCACGGCCACGCUGUACGAUCCCAAAUCUGGUGAAAAUGUAACAGAUUUCAUCGGCACGUUCCAAGAGGAAGAAGAGAAUGAGAAAUACCACCUGCACAUCCUGACGUACAUCCCAGAAAUCGGUGAAGUCAUUGCCAGUACAAGUCGUCGUCACCUCAUGAUGUGGAAAUACAACCCAUCGGGCUGUAUCACCGCUCUCAAAUGCAAACACGCCGUAGAAUGCCUCACCUACACUCGCAAAGUGCCCAUCCUGAUAUUUGACGGCGGUAGCGACGGUCAAGCGAAUAAAUGGGAACGCCUACAAUCCAAUCACUUCAUGUACAGCAAAGAGACGUUCCUCCUCGCUGAAGCCAAGAACAAGUUAGCCCAGGUGAUGAACCUUAAGAAGGAGCCUUACCAGUCAGUGCAAGUCAGCUCAGUGGUACGAUCAGCCAACCCGGUACUCGGCAGCCAUUAUACAUUCAACAAGCCGGACGCAAAGCCCACAGAGCAUCAGAAGCACUACCAUCCUGCUCUGCUGAAAGCCACAUUUGCUGAGGACUUAGAUUUGCUCUUGCUGGGAUCAGAAGAUGGCAAUGUCUAUGUGUGGGGCUUUGACGACGCGGCUGUCAACGCUCUACGCGACAUGAAGCCAGUGGGCAUGCCCGAGCUGGUCAAGAAGUAUGCCGUCUUGCUCCACGAAGACUCAGAGCUCCUGGUAGACAACGGACUGCACCAGACUGGCCUGAUGGACAGCCAGGCCCAGGACUCCGUGACCAAUCGUGUCGCUGGUUUCAUCUGCAAGAACGUUCUGAUUGGUCACAGCAGCUGCGUGACCUGCCUGACCCUUGUUGGACGGGACAGUGGAUAUAACUCAACAUAUUUGUUGAGCUCUGGCUGGGACCGAAGAAUCUGCAUUUGGGACUUGGAGACGGGCAUGUUGCAUGACACUUUUCGGAACACGUCCCCUGAUUCAUAUGAGGUUCAGGAGUUGGCGUGUGAUGGCAUCGUCAUCGAUAUGGAUUACAGCUAUCAAAGGAAGGAAUUUGCCUACGCCUCCAGCGACAAGAUGGUCUACAUCCGAAGGUUUGAUCCCGACGGGAGCAGGAUGCGUCUGACUAACACACUACAGGGUCACGAGGGUGAGAUCACUCAGGUCAAAUGGUCCAGGGCUAGGGCCAACUGGGUCACUGCCUCCGAGGAUGGCACCAUCAGAAUAUGGAGUGGUGAUGGUAUGUCCUGCAUCCAGACACUAGCGGCCCACGGAUCGGUCACAUCUCUCUGCAUUGACGCCUACAACAGCUGCAUCGUAGCUGGCGUUCAGAACAUUAUCAAAGUUUACGAUCCAGACACCUACAAGUUAGUACAGACCAAUGUUGGACACACAGACUCCAUCCGCUGUAUUCUGCACCUACCAGAAAGAAAUCAGUAUGUCUCGGGUUCGUGGGACGGCAGUCUACGCGUCUGGAACGCCUUCAAGCCCAUCGCUCGUAAGAAACGACUCAAGAUGGAGGAGAAGCGAGAGAGCAUCGCGGGAUUCAGUGCCAAUAACCCCAACUACCUCAUUGAAGACGACGACCUGGCCUAAAGGCAGUCCUUGCUGGAGCUACGUACUGCACACUGUCAUGUGCUUCAGAUGUGGUGCCUAACUUUUCUGACAAAAAGAACCACGGCUGUUAAAUGAACAGCCGAGUAUGAUCAUUGUUCAUAUAUUCUGCUCUGUGUGUUUGAGUGUGCGCCUUCAGCCCACUUCAUAAAAAUGAAAGCUGAACACAAGUGAGGUAGUCAAGUCUGUCGUAAGGGUCACAGGUUACGAUUUAUCCAUAAUAAGCCAUUUGCGAGUAACCUAUACCCUUUGGGAUUUACA